AUGGCAUCGGCGGCGACGGCGACGGCGACGGCUUCAGGCAAGGUUGAGAAAGGGCACCAGCUCUACAGGGACGGCAAGUACAAGGAGGCGCUUCUCUUCUAUACGGAGGCUCUCACGGCGGCAAAGACCAAGCCGCAGAAGAUCGCUCUUCACAGCAACCGCGCUGCUUGCUAUUUGAAAUUGCACGAAUUCAAUAAGGCAGCAGAGGAAUGCACGUGGGUGCUGGAGCUUGAUCAGAAACACAGCGGAGCUCUGAUGCUGAGGGCGCAGACACUAGUCACCCUUAAGGAAUACCAAUCUGCGCUUUUUGAUGUCAGCAGACUCCUCGAGUUGAACCCUGAUUCCGAGGUUUAUCACAACCUCGAGGCUCGCUUGAGGACGCAGCUGUCCCUUGCUCCGAUUCCUGAAUCUGAAGCAGAGUUAGAAGACGAAGAAGAUGAACAAGACAAUGAAGAAAAGGAAAGUAGAAGAGAUGAGAGAAGAGAGUUGGUAGUUUCAACCACAAGAAACAAGGUGGAAGCUGUUGCACCUAAAACACCAGAGGUUAGAGAAGACAACACUAAGAGCAAGGAAGAAGGGGCCUUGUCCAACUCCAAUGGAUGGCAAGCCAUCCCUAAGCCCAAGGGUCAUUCAACACUCGACUACGCCCGUUGGGAUACAGUUGAAGACGAUUCCAGUGAUGAAGAUGAUGAUCAAGACAGCGACGACAGUGACGACUCUCGGCCUCAGUACAGAUUCCGUGUCAGAACAGUCGGGGUGCGUCCUGUCAAGUGA